AUGUGGAGCAUGUGGUUCUCGCUCAGCUAUGUGGCUGACCCACAGAAGGCAGUCACGGAUGGAGCUUAUAAAGGAAGGAGAGAGGCCCAUACACUGAGCUCAGAGGCAGGAGAGGAUGAGUUUGAAGUGCUUGAGGAACACGGAGUGACCCCAGGAAGGAGCUGGGCCAUGUUAGGUGGAGCUGAGAGAGGAGCCCCAGAUUCAAGGAGAGUGAUAGCACCUUUGUCACCACGUCAUGUCCCUGUACUCUACGUGCUGCAUCUACACCCAGGACCGACGGUAACUGAGGCGGAGGGGAAAGGAGGGCCUGAGAUGGCAAGUCUGUUCUCCUCGGCGGUUCCUGUGUCCUUCAUUUCCACGCGAGAGCCUGUGCUGGACACUGGAGUUGGUGGAGAAGGAGCCAGUGACAGGCAGAGGAGCAAACUGUCUUUAUCACACUCCAAGAUCCCAGCUGCUAAAAUCCACACUGAGCUCUACUUACCAGCCUUCUUCUCUCUUGCCGGAACCUCCUCUGUACUCAGACAGCAGCCUUAGCACCACCUCACACUAUCUAUCAUCCACACUGCAGCAAGGUGAUUCUGCCAAAACAUAUCUCCUUAAAAGCCAACUGGAGCUUCCCAUCAGCAUCAAUGUGAAGCCAAAAAUCCUUAGGAGGACAGAGGGAGUCCCUCACAACAUAGACCGGUCCCCUUCCCUCCAGCUGCCUGGACUGUCCAAAGGACUCUCUUCCUGCCUGCGGCCACACUGCACAACUUGGAAUUUCCCCACCUGGGCGGACUCAUCGCGUCAUCACCAACUGGAUGCAUCUUCUGCUCUGUGCAGCUGGUAAAAUCUUUCUCAACCCUUGAGAUGCAGCCCAAUCUCCUCCUAACAUCUGGAUUCCUGUCACUGCAUUCCCUCCUGUCAUCCUGCCUUUGUUUUCUUACCCUCCUCUCUCUCCUGUGUGAUAGACAUUAAUUAAAAUUAAAUAAAAAUUCAGAUCAUCCUUGUA